AUGAGUCAAGAAAUAGAUAAUGACGAUUAUUAUGAUGAAAAGGAUAAGAGGGAGAAGCAAUAUAUAGAGUUUGAGUUGACGAGACUGCUCAUAGAAGAGUUGAGAAUCAUAUGUUCGAUAAGAUCAAUACCUUUCACUCAAAAGACACCUUCGAAAUCUUGGAUGGUAUCGAUGAUACUAGACCAACAAAGAAAGAAUAGAGAUAAAAAAAGAGUAAAAGCAACUACAUCAACAUAUAAUAAUAAUAAUAAUAAUAAUAGUAGUAAUGUCAAUCCUAAUCUACCAUGGAUAGUACAAUCAAAGAUUAUUUAUCUAUUGUGCAGUCAUCGACAGAAUGGAUAUCAACAAGAUGUGACCGAUCAAGAUCUAUUUAUGUAUACACUGGCGAGUGUAUCAAAGACAUGGAGACAGUUGACUGCUGCCUGUUUGACAUCUCCUUGGACUAUCGAUCUUUCAAGAGGCAAGACACUUGAAGAGUACCAUCGAUUCAGUCGUCACCCUCUCAGUCUUUUAUCAGGUGCCAAUCACAACAUUCAAUUCGUCAUUCAAGAUAUUGACACUACCAACACCAAGUACAUUGCUGCCAAUUCACAGUGGUUUAAAGAAGAGGUCAUCAACAACAAAGUGUCGGGUAUCCAGAUCAAUGACAGUCGUCAUGGCAACCCGGAAUGGACGUCUUUGAUCGAGAGACCUAAACCAACACUCAAGAAAUUCAAGAUCUGUACCAGUAUCACCUUGGUGCCACUUGACAUGCUCAUACAUUUACAAGAGCUUGACAUUACUCCAAAAGAAAAUUCAACCAAAGAGAUAUGUCGUAUAUUGGAUAGCUGCAACACACUCGAAUCAUUGCAUUUGGAUUUGAUUGAUAAUAAUAAUGUCGACUUGGACAAGGUAUUUUCAAGUAUACCUCGAACCAUUACAAAGUUGUAUUUCCGAUCGCAACAACGUACACCAUAUCCAUUCAACCUAUUACCAACGACCAUCACUGAUCUCAAAGUAAGAGGACAUCUAAAUUUGGUGUACACUCAAACCUACUUGGAUUAUUUACGUAGCUGCUCUAUGAUCAAUAGAAUCUCUCAAACCGGCUUUCUAUCUCUGGAAUGGGUUGAUUUCUUCUCAUCCCCUUCAUCUACCAUCAAACACCUCUACCUCCAUCUCAUUCCAACUGGUAUACCAACAUUCUCAAUCAAAGAGAGACCAUUGAUACCACCAUUGAUAGAGGUGUUGGAGCUUGAUCUUCAUCUCAAUGAAUUCCAAGUAAUGGAGAGUAUUUUCAAGUACAAUGGACCACUCUCCAAUCUACAUACAUUGCGAAUCAGUACAAGGGCAGAUCAUAUUCACCUCCUCAUCCCAUUGAUCAUGUCGCGUCGUAGUUUAUUGAAAUCCAUCGACUUUUGUGAUACCUAUACUUAUUACCGAAAUGGUAACCCAGACGCAGACGAACAUCUAGACAACCUCUUGGAAGCAAUUGCAAAGAGUCCAUGUAUUGAAAAGGUUGUUUUUAGAACUAUAAACAAUUCUAUGUCUAAAUUCCCUGACAUUCUCAAAACACAUUUAAAACGUCUCGACAACAACAAAUCUUUGGUUUUAAUCAAUGAUAAAUUAACAUUAUUUAAUAUUAAUAAUUAUCAUUAUGAUUUAUCAUCUUUUGAAAUAAUUGAUUAUAAUAAAUUAAUUAAAUAA